AUGACAUUUGAAGAAAAACUCAAAAAACUAACACAGAUUGUUGAACAACUCGACGAAGGUAACGAACUACCGAUCGAGGAUUCCCUCAAGCUUUUUGAAGAAGGCAUCGGUUUAAUCUCAUCGUGCAGGAAGAUGCUCGAAAACGCUGAACAGCGGGUAGAAAACGUUCUCGAAACAGAUACUCUUAAAUAG